AGUCCUCCCGUUCCCAGUGAGAGCCGCCACACACACUCACACUCACGCUGCAGGUACUCCUCUCUCCCUGAGUCAACAUGGUAUCAGAGGCCAGGUUCGGCGGGGCCUGACGGACGGCGGCGCCGGCCGGCGAGGCGCGGGCGCGGGCCAGUGCCUGGGGGACGACGGUCGCGGCGUCAACGCGCUGCUGCGCACGAGUGGUCGGGCGCGGCGCUGCCUGCGCGGCCGUGCACGGGCUGACGCGGCAGAGGACGGAGGGACUCGCGACCUGAAGGCUGCGCAGGUGUUGUCCAUGCGAAGGAGGAGUGCUUGCGUGAGUGCGCAAGGUGCUGCUGGAGUUUCUGUGCUGCUGCUGCUGCUGCGUGAGGCAGCGGGAGGAGGUAGGAGAGGUGAUCCUGGAGCUGCCGUUGCUGCUGCUGUUCCUUGGGAGGAAGAGGUGUUGCUUGCUGCUACUGGUGGUGGUCAGUGCUACUGCUGCUGUGGGCUGCUGUUGUUGGGUGUGUAGAGGUUGUGUCCAUUGCUGCUACUGAGUGUUGCUGCUUCCACUCCUCCUGACCAAAGAUGGCUGAGCCAACAGGCCUUGCUGAGGCUUUCGAGAAGCUUGCUAAGAUCUUCGAGGAGUCGAAAUCUGGGGCCAUCGUUCCUCGACAGGAAGUGGCUCAGAAGAUCGAACUGCCGUCCAUGGACAUGAAGUUAGAGGGGGCUACCAAUUAUCUGAGCUGGUCCCGGAGGGCGUUGCUGGCUGUGGAACAGAAGGAGGUUGAUGGGCACUUGUUGGGUGUUGUUGCUGAACCAGGAGACAAGACUACUGUGGAGGGAAAAAGAUGGAAGGUCAUAAACUCUGUGCUCAUUGGCUGGUUGUUGAACUCGGUGGUGCCCCCCAUUGGACGCUCUGUGGAGGGGCUAUCCACAUCCGCUGCGAUAUGGACGACUCUGUCCACCUUGUACUUAGGUAAGGGCAAUGUCAUGCUAAUUGCUCAGAUUGAGGGGAAGAUCAGUCGGCUGCAUCAAGGCGACGACAUGUCAGUGAUGACAUAUGUGGCAGAGCUGCAGGCUUUGUGGGCAGAGCAGGAUAACUGCGACCCUCUGGAACUCUACGAUGCGGCUUGCAUCGAGUCAGGGCGCAAGUGGAUUGCACGCAGGCGUGUGCUGAAACUGUUGGAGGGGCUUAGAGGUUGUUUUCAUGGCAGGAGGGCAUCCCUGUUGCACCAACCUCUCCUGCCCUCUAUUGAGGAGACUAUUGGUGCUAUGUCUCAAGAGGAGGUGCGGCUAUCUCUUGAGCAUGCAGACAUGAAGGCUGUGCCGUCUUCGACAUUUGCAGUCACUGAGCGCAUGGAGUGGAGCGAUCCCAACAAAUGUCAUAUCUGUGGGGAGGCAGGUCACUGGAAGUGGGCGUGUCCAACUCGUGGCAGAGGCAGGGGAUACAACGGAGGGGGAACUGGCAGAGGCAGGAGUGCUAGAGGCAGAGGUGGAUACUCAGGGACCUCAAGGGGUCAGGCUUCUAGGGGCAGAGGUGGCUACUCAGGACACUCAGGGGAUCAGAGGGCUCACAUGACAGUGGCAGGAGACACUGGGACGUCAAAAGGCAAAGAUGCAGAUGAUGUUGACUAUGGAGACUUUGCUCUCUGGGCCUCCACUGAUGAAGAUUUAGUUUGUCAGUCUGGACCGGGAUCUUGGCCUUCUCGUAUUUAUGCUCAGACUGCAAAGUAUCCAAUGGCAAAUAGUGUUGCUCAGGAUAUGUUUGGAAUAAUUCCAGGUGAUACAGAUUAUAGGGUAUUUGCUGAAGACGUAGCAAAAAUCCCAGGACUUGAUAUUAUCUUUGUUCUUGGUGGUUAUUUUUAUCAUACUUCUUAUGAUACACUGGAAAACCUGCUUCCUGGAAGUAUUCAAGCGCGCGGUGAAAAUUUAUUCAACCUCGUAAAGGCUUUCACAAAUUCUCCGAUGCUGCUAAAAGAGAGCGAGAGAUCCAAUAAAGCUGUUAAUGAGGGAAUCGACGAUCUGAGAGCUAUCUUCUUUGAUUACUUGACUUGGUUCAUGAUCUUUUAUCCACGUGAUGUGUCUCUGAUUAUUCACAGUCUUCCUGUAGCUAUUUUCCUUCUUACACCAUUGUUCCUGAGCUUCCCAAAUAUUACCAUGAUAUCAUUGUUUCGGACUGUUCUGGAUUUAGCAAGAGGAAUGUUGCUUCAUGCAUUUGGUGUCAUCCUUGCAAUAGUCGUUCCUGCUAUGACUGCAGGCCUUAGAUUGUUGUUCACAAAGAAUGCAAUGAAUUGGUUUGCUCACCCUUGUUUGGCAUUUUUUAUGUUUGUCCCGGCAUCAUUGGUCGGUUUAUUGCUGCCGAGGAUCAUAUGGGGGCUAUCAGAGCAAUCACACUUUUGGGGUGCUUUUGGUCUCUAUUCUCUAGUAACUCUGGCUUACAUGCUAGCUGGGCUGAGUGGAGGUUUUCUAACAUUUUUUAUUUCCAUGUCCCUUCUUCUUGGGCGAUUUAUCUCUAGCAUCAGCAGGAAGCAGUUGGGCCAACAAUCACCUAAGUCAUUGUUUGGAUAUGUGAUACCAAUGAUCCCGUGUCUCCUGUAUUGUCUUUACUAUGGAGGGUUCCUUAUCCAGUUUUUGAUUGAAAAGAUGGGAAUGAUGGGAUCUCUUCCAAAACCAUAUGGACAUUUUGUUCCUGAUAUUAUUGUUGGAGCCAUGGUUGGAUUGGUAGUGGGUUGGUGUUUUGGUCCAUUAGCACCUAUUGUUAGCUGUUGGUUGGCCAAAACAUCCAUUCUGCAUGGCUUUUUGCAAAUUACGGUGGUUGCUAUGGCUGUUUCAUCCCAAGUAUUUCCUUACAGCACCGGAGCACCAAAACGAGUUGUGCUUCAACACACCUUUGUCACAGAUGCUAGUAACAUUGUGGAGUCAAACUAUGGUUUCUCUGUGGUUGAUGCUAAUUCGUUGGAGUUUGUUUUCAACAACGCACCUGAGGCAGCAAAAUGGCUAAAAGAUAACUCAGAGUUAUCCUUAAAAGAAAAAUAUCGAUCUGAUAGAAGCACGUGGGUGGCAUUAUAUCCUGUCCCUUUCUUGUUCUCCGGAAGUUUGAAGUUUCCUGCACAGACUGAAGAGAUUAGAAAGCACCACCAGCAUUUCCCUCAGCUAGUUGUUCAGAAGACAUCAAGUAACAAUUGGAACCGACGGGUGCAUCUACAGCUCUCACUUGGUUCAUUAUCGGAGGUUUGGUCCACUUCGCUCAAUAUUACUGGUCCAUUAUCGAAUUGGUCUUUUGCUGACAGCACACUUCCAGCUCCUCAAACUGUAAGCGGUGGACCACCAUCAUAUAUCUGUCGACUUACUGGACAAAGUAAUGAGAAUUGGUCUUUCUGGUUAGAGGUAAUGAUAUAGGCCUCGUCAUCACCCAUAGUAGUAGGCAAACUCUUCUGAACCGCUGAGAGUCGAUGUGGCUGUACUCGACCAGUUUCUUGUUGAUAGUGCCAAAGAACUGAAGAGCCUCUUUCCAAGUUGGGCAGAUAUGACAGUCUUCACCACAUUUUUCUCAACUUACCAUUUGUAAACUCUGUAUAAUUGUAAAUCUGUGUAUUUAGGAGGGGGAAAUUAAAUAGGUAUCCUAUGUUUCGGGGGCAGGAUGUAUUCUUCUCCCCAGUAGGUGGUGCUGGUCUUGAUGCCACCUUAUUUGUAAUAUCAUCAUAACAAUAAUUUAAUAUAUAGUGGUUUCAAAAUGGAAAAACCUGAAACAAAAAUAAACUGGUAUAGCGACCCCAAAUAUUCACCAUGUAGCACGUACUCCAUUCAUAUUAUAAGGUGGAAACAAAUUUGGAGAGUCAAGUUUGACCAUCAAUUUGAUCAAUGAAAUGUGGGUUCUGUGCUACAUUACACCAUUAAA